AUGGUUUCAUUUUCUUGCGAGGCGUGUGGUGAUGUCCUCACCAAGAAGAAGCUCGAUCCCCAUCGCAACCAAUGUCGCGGCGCUUCCUACACCUGCAUCGACUGUAUGGUGCAUUUCCAGGGAACUAGCUACAGAUCGCACACGUCCUGCAUGUCUGAGGCGCAAAAGUACCAAGGCGCGCUGUACAGAGAGAAGCCGGCCAAGAACCAACGCAAAGGACAGAACAACGGCCGACAAAACCAGAACCAGAACCAGAACCAACAACAGAACCAAAAUCAGAAGCAGACCCCCCACGGUCACCGGGCACCUUACGUCGAGGAUGGCACCGACACCGAUAAUCUUCCCCCACCGGCGCCUAGCCCUCCUCCCGCUGGCGUGGAGAAGACCCCGCGCGCCGAAGGAAAGACCGACAAGCCGGUAAAUGUCUUCGACUACCUUGUCCCUGAGGGCACCCCCAAUGCCUCUAAGGUUUCUGUGAACGAGGCUAAGGAACAGAUGAAGAUGGUCGCCAACGCGCCUUCGGUCUUCGAGUCAAGCAAGUCGCUGGCUCGCGUUGACACGGAUGGCGAUGACGACAACAAGACCUACGACGUCGCGUAUGAAGAGAAUGGAUUCUCGUACGGCUCGGGCCCGAUCAACCAGUCCCCCUACGACCGCAAGGCCCCCAACGUGUCCAUGGAGUUCAUGACCCCUGCGCCCAAGAAGAAGAAGGACCGCGCCUCCAAGGCCGAGGGUGCCACGAGCGAGAAGAAGCGCAAGCGCCGCACCGAGGACCACGACACCGAGACCGACACGCCCAUGCUGGAUGCCCCCUCGAGCGUCGUCAACCACCCCGGCACCCCGAUGUUGAACCACUCCGGACUGACAGGAGGACUGAACCGUAUGCUCCGCUCCCCGUCGCUGGACGACGAAGAAGGGCACGAGAACUCUUCCCGGCGACGCUAUCAGGAAACCUCAUCCCCGAUCAAGCGGACCCGCCGCGACGAGAAGGAGAACCAAGCCGACGCGGGCCUGGGUAUCUCCAUGAAGAACCGUGCUGAACGGUUUGUCUCGUCGAUGUUCGGGGGCUCCUCUGUCUCUGGUAGCAGCGCCAACGGCCAGCUGGAGACUCGUCGCGCGAAGAAGACCCACAAGAUCCGCGAGAAUGGCGAUGCCAAGGCCGCCGAGUCGGCGGAUGCCCGCAAGUCCAAGCGCAAGAGCAGCGCCCAGACCGAAGGGGACCGGCCCUCGCGCCGUCAGAAGCAGAUCGAGUACCCCGAAUCGCACCACGAUGAGGACGGCCGGCAGGUGACGCUGUACCCCAAGAGCACGGUCCCAGAUGGCUUGCAACGGCAGAUGGCGAGCCACUUCCUGUCGUUGGUGACCAAGGGCCCCGAGAGCUCGCGCGGGUUCUCCGUGAACAAGGUGCUGAAGCGGUUCCACAAGGACUUCACCGAUGAAUUCGACGCCGACCGGGGCCGCGACCAGGGUCGCAGUCGCGCGGACCGCGAGCGGAGAAUCGAUGACGAGAAGGAACUGUGGCGUACUCUGCGCCUCAAGAUGAACGAGCGGGGAGAGAUUGUGGUCUUUUUUUGA